AUGCUUACAUCAAAUAUACUCAAAGGAGUGACGAAAGGUUUUCCAUUAAAAAUUAAUGCUGUUAAAAUAGAAAAUGUAUCAGUAGAUUAUAAUCGAGACUUCAUUACUCGUAUUCUUCAACGUAUUGAAUAUGAUGCUUUACGAACAGCUGUGACGGAUCUUGGUUUGAAGGAAUUAUUACCAGAGACACUAUCAGAAACAAUUCAACAUGAUGAUAAAUUUCUUAGAAAAAUGCAUAAAAUUUUGCUUGAAUAUGAAGUUGAAGAAGGUGAACUUAUUUGUCCUGAAACUGGUCGUAAAUUUCCAAUUUUAAAAGGUAUUCCAAAUAUGUUAUUACAAGAAACUGAAGUAUCAUAA